UAUUUAUAUGGCUGGCAUCAAUGAGAGAGGUCACAAGAGGAGGAGGAAGAAAGAGGAGGGGAGUGUUGUGCCGAGGCAGAAAUUAAACACACAACACAGGGAACACUAGGCAAGGUGAAGGAAGAGAGAAGAGGAGGAGGAGGAUAAACAGAAGAGGAUUGCCUUGACUGCGACCUUCGAGAGAGAGAGAGAGAGAGAGAGAGAGAGAGAGAGCAGACACAAUGAACACCAACAAACAGAGACCAUCGAUUCUGGACAAGUCCCUGAGCCGCGGCAAGACUGAAGUGAGUGGAACAGCAUAUGCGUUGCUGUUUGCCGAGAUGGUUCAGUACUCCCACAACAGAGUGCAGAGUGUGGCUGACCUGCACCAGAAGCUGUCAGAGCUAGGGCAGCAUGUCGGGACGCGCAUGGUGGAGCUGCUGUUUGUCAGAGAGAGAAAUUACAAGAGAGAGACAAAACUACUGAGUAUUUUGCUGUUUGUCAAAGGAACAUUAUGGAAGUCGCUGUUCGGCAAGGAGGCAGACAAGCUGGAUAGAGCGACAGACGACGAGCGCAUCUUCUAUCUGAUCGAAAAGGAACCGCUGGUGAACCGAUUUGUGUCUGUUCCGAGAGACAAGAGCUCCAUCAACUGUGCUGCGUUUGUUGCUGGGAUCAUCGAGGCCACUCUUGUGUCCACUGGCUUUCCGGCCAAGGUGACAGCGCUGUGGCACAAAGGGACAACAUUCAUGAUUAAGUUUGAUGACACAGUGUUGGUGAGGGACAAGCAGCUGGAGGGGCGGUGAGAGAGAGAGAGAGAGAGAGAGAGAGAGAGAGAGAGAGAGAGAGAGAGAGUUAUUACCUUACCUAUUGUUAUAUUAUUACGAGAGAGAGAGAGAGAGAGAGUGUGUGUGUGUGUGUGUGUUGAAAAUAAUUUAAACUCGCGUAUGUAUGAGUGAUAGAAUAAGAGAGGAGGAUAAUUAUAAUAACAAUAAUGAUGGUUAAAUAACAAUAAAACAUCGUAAUAUU